AUGUGUAUUAACCCGUGUCACAAUUUCUCUCUUUCUAUCUCUCUUUCUCUCUCUCUUUCCCCCCCUCUCUCUCUCUCCCCCCCCCCUCUCUCUCUCUCUCUCUCUCUCUCUGUUAAUUUUUCUUCACCUUCUUCAUUCUUUUAUUUUCUUUCUUUCUUUGAAUUUUCACCCAGUUUUCUUUAUUUCUUUCUCACUUUUUGUUCUUUUCGUUCUUUCUUUCUUAUUACUCUCUCUUUUUUCUUUCUUUCCCCCUUCCUUCCUUCAUUCUUUCUUGAUUGCUUUCUUUCUUACUUCUCUCUUCUUUCUGCCUCCUUUCUUUCAUUCUUUCUUGCUUGCUUGCUUUCGUUUUUAUUUCUCUUAUAUUUCUCUCUUCUUUCUUUCUCUCCGUUUCUUUCUCUCCGUUUCUUUCUUUCUUUCUUUCUUUCUUUCUUUCUUGCUUGCUUGCUUGCUUGCUUGAUUGAUUGA